AUGGUGCAGCUGAUGGAGAAAGAUCUCCAGGUAUUUUCCAUCUGUCCUGAUCUCGCCAAUCUCAACAAGGACCUCUGGGGCCCGGACGCGGACCAGUUCAACCCGGAUCGCUGGCUGGGGCCUGGCAGAGCGAAUACCGGCGGCGCGAACAGCAGCUAUGCUGUUCUGACUUUCCUGCAUGGUCCGCGGAACUGUAUCGGUCAGGGCUUCUCCAAGUCCGAGCUUGCCUGUCUGGUAGCUGCUGCGGUGGGCAAGUUUCAUAUGGAGCUUGGGGAUCCUAAUAAGCCGCUCGAAGUCAAUAACGGGAUCAUCAUGAGGCCCAGGGAUAUGCGGGUGGAAUUUACGGCAUCGGAUGGAUGGUACGGUUAG